AGUGGUCAUCAGGACUGGUUUGUGUGAAUGACACCGUGGUGACUAUAGUAUAGAGACGAUUGACCCCAGACCGUCGCAAUGACGGCGCUACUACCAACAGUGAAGUAACGAACAGUUGCAAACGCGUGUCGGACUUCAUGCAAUGACGACUUCGAUGCUUUCUGAUUUACCUCGUCUGGGAUGUCUCAUUGCGCUCUGCAGUAUAGCCCGAUGCUGUUAUGCAACAACUCCUACGCAACGGGUCUACGUGGCCCAUAGUCCAAAACUUACGACCUUCAACCGCGAAUUCGGUGCUAUUUCUCCUGCACAGCUAGCUCAGCUUAAUGCAAUAGCAGUUGGACUUGACACGGGCGUUGAGGAGUCGAGUUGGAAGCCGCUUGAACCUCUAUCAAGCAGGGAAUUUGCGGCCGAAGCAAGUGUGGUUGUUCUGCUAGAACAUUUCGAAGGACUGGAUUUGGACUUUUCAUUUAAAGCAUUUCCGCUAGAAGAGGAUGGCAGUAGGGUAAACUUCAACACCCUUGAAGAGAGAGUGAAGGAGAAGUAUCCUCACAAAUCCCCCGUAGUCAUGGAAUUUAGACCGGAAUGCAUGCACAGUGUAAUGGACAUCCACUGUAAGUUCCCGAAGUUGUUCGCCAGUUCGGACGUGCCAGUAAACCUACGUGAUGCCACGAAGCUACUGAAGAGCUCACAAUCCAUCCUGCAUGACUUGUCACCCGGCAAGCUUGACGUCGCCGUAGCAGCAGAUGAGACAUUUCUUGUCGAGAUGCAGAUAGUCGCCGAGUUUUCGCGAGCGCUGAGACACAGCAAGCAGGUAUUGAAGGAUGGCACGCCUGAACUGAUGGUCAUUACACUGUCCAGCAUCAGACACGUGGUGAAGCAUCAUGGACUUCAGUCACCACAGCUGCACAAUGCUCUCACUAUUCUGCGUAGGACACUCAACGAGCUUGGCAGAUCACUGGAGAUGGUUUACGGAGACAACUUCCUUUAUGAUAUUGCUACGUUGGAUGGGAGUACCGAAAUCUCCUCCGCUGUCUGUGAAUCUAGGAGCCCGCAGAAAUGUGUGACAGACAUCAACCGUCGUAAGAGAUUCCGCGCUGGAUUAAAUAUGAGCAGUGAAAUGAGCGAGUAUGCUUUCGAUGUCGUCUACUGCGAUAUUAGUGGAUGUGACUCGCCUCAAAAUCCUUCAUUCACUGAUAGUGCAUAUCCAGUCUUUGUGACAUGGAGGUCGCACAGUAACACAGAUGACGGCCGCACACGUUUACGUGGAUGUCAAGGGUCAGACAAACCCAGGCCUAUUCACGCUGCUAUCAGGGAUACUUCACUCUCAAGUGGAUUCUUAGAUAAGCGGUUUGAGCCUAUUUCCAAGGAGGACCUACCAAACCUUGAAGUGCAGGUCUCCAUUUUAUUCAAUUUUGAAAAAGGCAGGGAUUACCUAGAUUUUGAUCUUGAGAACGGAAUUCAAAUCGUGUUCACCAAUCAUGAUGGAGUGGUGCGGAAAGCGAUAUAUAUUCCUGGUAUCAUUGAGAAAAUGG